UCUCUAUGAAGAUACGUAAUGGCGUCUCGCGUUUAUCUCUGUCGCCUCACAUACUGGCAUUGUGUAUUGAAACAGAUCGCAUCCAACCACCGACUAAAGAGGAUAUCACUAAUAUUUGGAAUUUGUGUCAAAAUGGCAGACCAACGUUUCCUGGAGCCUGGGAAGGUGAUUCGCCCCAUCAUAGACCACGAAGGCGUCAAGCUCCUAGUAGAACGACUGUACGGCAUCUCAGUGCUAGAGCUAACUGAACUCAACGGCUAUGAUGAUAAGAACUACAAGAUCAUCGAAGAUCCUAAUGUUAAGAAUCCGUUGAUUACCAAUCAUUGCCCACACGGAUAUGUUCUGAAGAUUAUGAACUCUAUGGACUCUGAGAACGUCACGGUUGUGGAGGCGCAAAACGAGAUUAUGAACUUUUUGGCUACCCGCUCUGUAACCUGCCCGAAGCCGAUCCGCAAUGUGUUCGGGCACCUGCACUCCGUGGAGAACAUCGGCGGGAAGAAGCACGCUGUCCGCCUGCUGGAGUAUGUUCCUGGUGAACUCCUGAAGGACGUGCCCAAGUCCGAACCACUGCUGUACCAGCUGGGCGAGUUUGUUGCUAACUUGGAUAAUAAGUUGCAGAACUUCAAUCAUUCCGGCCUGGUUUCUCGCCAGCAUAUCUGGAUGCUGACCAUGGUCCCGGAGCUGGAUAAGUUCAAAUACGUCAUCAAGGAUUCGGAAAAACUGGACUUAGUUGAAGAAGUCAUCGAGGAAUAUAAAUACGCGAUAGUGCCGCGAAUGGAUGAGCUGGAGAAGGGAGUCAUC